AUACGAUGGCGCCAAAUAAGUCCAAUUCGCAAAGCCCCCCGCCUUUCGAUCCUUUACACGGUGUCAUCAAAUUCUUCCAAGGGUUCGGCUCCCUCAUCUUCAACAGCCACCGCAGCGGCGGCGACGGAGGAGAGAGAAACCACAGAAAAAACGCACCGUCCAAUAUUUUCUGCCCACCGGCGCUGGCGCUAGAAGACAAAUCCCGACCAUGGGAUUCCCACGGCCUGGAGGCCGGCGUGGUGGUGCAGCUAAAAAGGCUGAGCGGUUACAAAAAGUACAAAGUCUCCAGCAUCAAUUUCCUCAACCCCCGCACACGCGCCGCCGCCGCAGGCGCGGAGGAGUCCUUCUCCGACAUGGUCACCCUCCAGCCGGGCGGCGUCUACACGAAGCAAACCCUAAUACAAGAGCUGGAGUCCCUCUCGUCCUCACCCUACUUCGACAAGAUCGACUUCGACUUCAAAACGAACCCCGACGGGUCGGUCGACGUCAACAUACCCUUCGAGGAGACGGUCUACCCGUCGAAAUCUCGAAUAAGGUGCGUCAGCAUAGGGUUGAUCCCCGACGAACAGCCCGUCGAGAUCGACCCUAACAUGACGGCGAAGGAGCAAGUUGAGCUGAUGAGGAGAGAGAAUGAAAAGUAUAAGAGGAGAAUCAAUGGCGGCAGAGAGUGCAUCCUGCCGAAAGAUGUCGAGGGUGAGAUUCGGGGGAUGCUUAUGCAGACAACAUGUUUGAGAGCGAGCCUGUUAAGAAGGGUACUUAAUAAAAUACAAAAGUGGUACCAUGACAACGGGUACCAUGGCGCGUUCGUCGUAAAUCAUAAUAAUCUCGAAAAUAAUCACGGUGGAGAUAUCGUUGUAGAGAUGGUUGAAGGGGAUAUAACUAAGCUUGGGAUUGUGUUUCAAGACAAGUUGGGGAAUGUUUGUGAAGGAAAUACUGAUAUUGCUCUUAUCAAGAGAGUACUUCCUAAGGAGGUUGCGGUUGGCAAUGUUUAUAACAGAAGCGCGUUUGAGGAAGCUCUGCAAAACCUUGGAUCUCUCAAUAUUUUCUCUUCUAUGAGUAGCGGUUAUGGAUCGGACGAGAAAAAUAACGGAGGCAUAUCCGCUCAGUUCGCACUGCAAGAACUACAACAAAAGUGGUCCGAUGUUAGUACGGAAUGGAAUAUUGUACCGGGCCGUAACAGCCGACCAACAUUGGUAAAACAAAAUUAA